CUGAGGAAUUAAAACAAAGUGUCGCUGCACAGUCUGUCUGUGUUUAUGAUCCGAGCUUGCGCACUGAGCGCGUCCAUUGUCUAGCCAGGAGCAGCAGCAGCAGCAGCGGCGGCGGCGGCGAGGAGCGGAGAGGAGCGCCCGAUCUGAGCGCAGGGGAGCGGCUUCACUGUGACCCCGAUCUCCGGGGAGGGGGGGUAGGAGGAGGAGGAGGAAAAAAAAAAAAAAAAGUGUCCUCUGGUUGGAGCUUACCGGACCGGACCAGCGCUCGGUGACGACGUCAUUUCUUUCCAAGACAGACCCGUCUUUUAUUUAUUAUUUUUUUACCCCCCUUUCUUCUUUCUGGCGAUCAGACAGACAGCAACAGUUGUCACGAUGUCUGAGAUCAGAUGAGUGGAGAGCGGCGGAGCAACCACUGCGGCGCUCCUGCGAUCCGGACCGGCCGGAGCGAUUCAGCCGUGUGAGGCAGCCGGGACGUGCCGCUGGGGAGCGGCGCGCAUCUGUUUAACCUUGCGCGGGCUGGGUUCGGCUCGGCGCGGCGCGGCGCGGCUCGGCUCGGCUCGGCUCGGCGGCCACCUACCUACCUCCGCUUGUGUCGAGCUCAUUGAUUUUGACCGCGUCCUGAGCGUUUGUCUGCGGCUGAGGUGAAUCCAGGCGUCAGGGCUGGCUCAUGCUCCGCGCGGCGGGGGAACGGACUGUUGCGUCUGCAGAGAGUCAGAGCUGACGAGCCUGCCGAGACACACGGACAGACAGGCGGGGAGACAGGCAGGCAGGCAGGCCGAGAGACAGACAGGAGCGAGGGGAGGGAAGGGGGGGCGCAGCCUGUUUGGGCUCUCUCGACCCUUUGCGGAUCGAGCCACCCAGAACCCCCACCCAUUUCUCUCCCGCUUUGGAUGGGGGGAAAGCAGAGCACGGCAGGGCGGCCCCGGGGUGCUUUUCCCGGCGUCUCGUCGGAUGACAGCGCGGUGCCACCCUCGGCCCACUUUGGCCACUACCGGCCGAGCGGCACCAUGGGCCUGCGGAGCCGCUCGGUGAGCUCCGUGGCCGGGAUGGGCAUCGACCACAGCUCCGCCGUGCCCUUCGGCUUCUACACCCCCAGAGGAACGGACUCGGACCGAGCCGGAGGGGGUUCCGGGGGCACUACGGCGGCCCCCCACGGAACCGGCUACCAGGACACUGGGGGCGGCGGACAUCACACGGACGGGGUGCUCUAUUUGGGGUCCCGGGGGUCGCUGGCUGACACCUUACCCCUGCACAUUGCACCCCGCUGGUUCAGCGCGCACAGCGGAUUCAAGUGUCCUGUCUGCUCCAAGUCCGUGGCAUCCAAUGAGAUGGAGGUCCACUUCAUCAUGUGUCUCAGCAAACCUCGCCUCUCUUACAAUGAUGAUGUGUUGGCGAGGGAUGCCGGCGAGUGUGUGAUCUGUCUAGAGGAGCUGCAGCAAGGGGACACCAUAGCCAGACUGCCGUGCCUCUGCAUCUACCACAAAAGCUGUAUAGACUCGUGGUUUGAGAUCAACCGGUCCUGCCCUGAACACCCCUCUGACUGACUGACCACCCGGCCCACUCUGACUACUCUUCAAGGACAUACUAGGUUGCUGCCAUGGACAUCUGGACAGAGACGCUACCAAAUCUGAUGAAACAAUCAAAGUGAUCACCACAUACUCGCCGUGAUGGAAUCCAUAGUCCUAUCAGACAACUGUUCCUUGUAAACUGAACCAAAAAGAAUAGUGUGACUGUCCAACCAUCACGCAUUAAAGGGCCUCUGUUAAGCUUUUCAUUUUUAAAACCUGACGACGAUACUGCAUACAAGGCAGACCCUCUCCUGCCUCCUCUCCAAAGCAAGCAUGGCCGCCCCCCCGGAGAUGCUCAGGUCUUAACGGGCCUCCCAUCUCGUCUCUGGGUCCAGGCCCGUCUGUAACUUGUGUCCAGUCCUUCCAUGGCCUUAACUGGGUGGGGGAGAGGAAGCAGAGCAGGGUGGGCGGGAGGAGGAGGAAACGGGAACCACAAGAGGAUGAAGGUGAGGAAGAGGCAGAAAUCUGCAAACAGACUUGUACAUUAUUCAGUGGGCUUCUCCUCUCACACAAGCAGGACUCCAGCCUGGUGAUCUCUCAUAAAAGACUGCCUCACAGUGCUCCUCUUUCAUAGUCCCCGCCUCAGUUCUGCGUACCUUCCUCGCCAGAAUAAUUACAUCCGAAGGUUACAUAAAAUGCUUUUCAGAUCCGGUCUGUGCACACCUGAGCAGAAAGAGAGGAACUGGCAUGUCAGCUUGUCCCGUGUGUUCGCUUUGCUUGGUCUGAAUUUAGACUGGGUGUGUGUGGGG